AUGGCAGAACGAGUGCAAGCCUUGGUUCGGGUUUCUGGCCCUCCAAAUAGCAGUUUUCUGGUUGGGUAUCCUGGUAUUUCGGCGACGUUGCCGCGCAUUGAAGGUAAGGUCGAGAUUAGGCCUGCAUCAGGGUAUUCCGCUCCCGUCGCUAUCUCUCUAGUGCGUAUAUGUCUACAAAGAAGAGAAACAAUCCACCCAGCGGCCGAAAAUGUAGCCAAGCGCCACCUCGGGACACCUCGACGCGAUACUACCGACGUUGUUGGAAAGGAACUUUUACUAUACCGGUGCGCAACAGGAAGGGAAGCAGAGAAUGUCAUGACGAUGGACCUGCCAUUCGUCUUGUUUAUCCCGUUUGGACGAGGCGGUGAAGAAACGAAUAGAAGGAUACCGCCGGCUUCGUUACAACUCCCAAGCAGGACCGCAGAGACAUAUUACGAACUAGUGGUUACCGUGCAGCAAGGACAGAGCAUCCAGAAUAAAUAUGCGUUUCCAGUCCCCUUGCAACGAUACGAUACGUUAUCGACCUUUGGGAUGUAUAACCGACCCGAACACAAGGCCGUAACCACCGAUAACAUAGUCACGCUCGGCAUUUCGCUCCCAAGAUGGAGUUACGGACCUAUGGAUCCUAUUACGGUAUAUAUUAAGUUGGCCCCUAAUCUCGACUGGCUAGCCAAGGCGAGGAAGGUGACCAUACAGAAGAUCACGCUCGCGAUAGAGGAAGAGAUUACGUACAAUCCCGAAGGAGAUGAGCCGACUAAGAAAGUGAAUAGGCUACAGAAACAUACACAGACGAUAGGGGCCAAAUUACCGGAAGACGGUUAUGUUACUAAUAUGGGCAUUAUCUUUCCGCAUAAGGACCUAAGGGAUGCGAAUGGAAUCAUUCGAAGAGGACAACCGGCUUUCCCAAACUACGAGGUCACAUCAUUCACGACAACAUCUACACUCUACAAGAUCGAGUUCUUCCUUACUAUUAAGGCUCAAUUGGCAUCGGCCCGUGAUAUCACCCUUCGACAGCCUAUCGUUAUAUGCCCACUAGAUCAUCAAGCAUGCAAGGAAGAAAUGGAUGCCAUAGAACAGGCAGCGAAAGAUGCCUCCGCAGUCGACCAAAAUAAUCCAAUGCUGCCGGCGAGAACCAUCGUUUUAGCCGACGACCCGAAUGCUUUAGCGUCUCUAGGAUAUUGCUUAGUAGGAGGCCAGAAGAAACCAUUGAUCGAAUGAGAAUGGCAUCAUACGAAUUUGAUGAGGCCGAGGCGUCUAUCUUCAAUUUCGCGGGAUACUAUACCCAAACAUUGCGGUUUGCCGAGUUUAACGAACGGGCGCGUACUUUUCAUAGGCUUAGACGUUCGAAAACUUGUCUCGCCUAAGAAUUUCCGUGCAUCCGAAGGGCCAAUGGUUCUUCACCAUCAUACUGGCCCGAACUGGUAUGGGAGAAGAGUAGAACUACUACCACAGUAGUAGAGUGCUGGGCCAAUGCAUAAUGCAAUGGAACUGAUUGCUCAUAUUAUACAUACCUGCUAAGGAGGUGAGGGGGCUCGAGAGGCUCUUCUAGCCCCUUAGCUCUUCUGGUUA